CUGUAGUGUAAUGGUAUCAUCAUCAGAGGAUGCCACAAUAAAAGUAUGGGACUAUGAAACUGGCGACUUUGAGAGAACACUAAAAGGGCAUACGGAUGCAGUACAAGAUCUAGCAUUUGAUCACACAGGAAAUUUUCUCGCGUCAUGUUCUGCAGAUUUAACUAUUAGAUUAUGGGAUUUUAAAGGAUUUGAAUGUAUCAAAACCCUGCAUGGUGAGUAGGACGUUGUUGUGGAAACCUUCUUUCCAAGCCAUUAUUCUCAAAACUGGGUAUACUAUGGAUCCUUUUAGUUUGAAAUGCAAUUAGCUAUGUAGGUUUUUUCUGGUAGAGCAUUUCUUCCUGUAAAUAAAGUUAGUUAAUUUUAGUCUUCCUCCUAUAUAAUAACAUUUGAUGACCUUUAUUGGAAGAACUACUGUACGGAGAAUAUUUUAGAACUGAUAAAGAUCUACUGCAAAUAAAGUUAGUUUAAGUUUAGGUUUCCUCCUGUGGUAACACUGAAUCAAUAAGUAGCUGCCCUUACUGGAUCUGGAGCAAGUACAAUGUAGAAUUGAAGUAUUUAUAUUGCAAAUACAGUGAGCUUGUUACGUUUACCAAACAGGCAUUUAGCUGAUGCCUUUUAACCAUUAUUUCAAAUAUGUGAUUUUUGUAAUAAUUUUGAAUUUUUGUUUAGGUCAUGACCACAAUGUUUCCUCUGUUUGUUUUAUGCCCUCUGGGGAUUUUAUUGUAUCAUCGUCUAGAGAUAAAACCAUAAAAAUAUGGGAAGUAGCCACGGGGUAAGUUUUGUAUAAUAUCCUGUAGUUCUGUUCGCUGUGUAUGGACUGGUAUAGUUAAAAUACUUUUUCAUGUGGGCUCCCUUUAAACUCUGUUUUAGACUUAAAUUUCAAAACUGGUUCUUAUUUUGUCAAAUAUAGAGUCAAAACCUAAACUCCCAAAAAUCACGUGCACUCGGAGAUUUUGGAGUGAUACAUCUCCGCUAUCUUCUUUCAUUAGCGAACAUAGAGAUCGUUAUGCGCCUCUCCUGAGAUUUUUUGCGCCUCCUCUGAAAAGUCAUCUACUUCCCCUUGGGAAAGGUUAAAUGAUAGAUCAAAGUGAAAAUUUGACAAAUGGUCUAUACACUUUGUAACAACAUGUUUCUGUAAAAUUGAAACCGUGAUAAUCAUUCAUCUCAGUGUCAAGUACCCUUUUAAUGCAAUGUUUCUAAAGAAGCUUCGUAGUAUAAUGUAAUGAAGGGCAAAAUUGGAUGAGUCGUACAGUCAUAUUUCGUAAAUACACAAUACAUGCAUUUCCACCAACAUCUGCGUUGGUAUUCAUGAUAUGAGCUAUUUAGGGGCUGAUUACAUGGAGAGUUUUCAGCCCGGGAUGAAAUUUCAGACUGACUAAACUCAGCCCGGGCUCAAAGUGCUCAUGUAAUCGUGAUGCAGUUUCAGCUCGUUUAACCGGGCUGAAACUCAGUCCGGGCUGAAAACUCUCCAUGUAAUCAGCCCCUUAGUCUGUACAGAAUCUGAUCACUUUAGGGUAAUCCACAUGCCAGGACUCAGAACUUUAUAGCUCAAUGUAUAGUUCACCGUAUGAAGUUGAUUGGAUCUCUUUGUUGAAAUUGUAGUUACUGUGUUAAAACUUUACAAGGUCACCGAGAAUGGGUGCGAAGAGUCAGAGUUAGUGCAGACGGUAAAGUGCUCAUCUAUAUAAUUUUUGUUACGUUUUACGAGUAUUUAGCCCUUGCAAGGGACGUCACAAUACAUCACGUGCUGUAAUUGUUUGACUCCCACCAUUUUGUGGAAAAACUAAAUGAAGACAUAGACUGCAUCCAAUUUAACUAUAGCCGUCAAAUUUUGCUAAUUUUUCUUCGAUACAGCUCCAGGUAAUCGCUUUUAUUUAAAUGACCUACAUUUUCGUCAGGGUUCAGUGGUUUCUUCUGAUGUCCAUAGUUCCAACCAUAAGUUUUGCCAACCCAGAAUCGCGCCAGAAUCAACCAAUUCCUACCUGAGUAAUAACCAUUUUUAGCAUCAAAAUGUCAGAAUAGGUUUUGUAACAUAUGAUUGCAAAGUAAAUUUUGGAGUUUAAUAGGGCUGUCAAAUUGAUUCUCAGGGUAAAAUAGUUUAUUUUUUCUAUACAGGUUCUUUAUUAGCAAGUUGUUCGAAUGAUCAGGUGGGUGCUUUUAAUUUCUACGUUAAAAGUCUGUAAUUGCUUGCAACUUUGUUAUGAGGCCUGGAUCAAAAGGCAGAGGCAAAAGAACGCCAAGAUGGCGGAAGAGCCUCUGGUCAAAUCAAUUGCGAAUCUCACUUCCAUAUUUAAUUAGGUUCAAAAUCUGAAACUCGCACAGGACUGGCUAUUUGUAAAAACAUGUCCAACUGGUUUGGGAAAUGAACAUAUACAGUAGCUAACUGGCAUUCUAUAAUUACUUAAAAUAAGCAGUGAGAUUUAAUGGAGCUCACUGAUAAUAACUUCACAUGUUUAUACAUAAAGAAAGUUCAAUUUUGUGCAUGAGUUGAUGAGAACGGCAGCCAGAGUUGCUCGAGUCUCUCAUCUUCAAUCGAUCAAAACUUUAAGAGUGUGAUGAUAUCCAGAAGUUUAUAUCACUAUCGACAGUUAUCGAAACACAAAUUAAAUGUUCAUAUUGUGUAUGUUUCUAUGUAGACAGUACGUGUGUGGUCGUUCGCAAGUAAGGAAUGUAAAUGUGAAUUACGUGAACAUGAUCACGUGGUUGAAGAUAUAGCGUGGGCACCUGACUCAGCAAGUACGCAUGUCAAUGAAGCUGCUGCGAUAGAGGUGAGAAUGGAGAUUAUUUAAAGUAGCUAUAAGCAGACACACAAUUCUGGAAACUAAUAAAAGUAUCAUAAAACACCCAUAGAAAUUAUAAGACGAUUUAGUCAAAGUACUUUCUAUGAAUCCAACUGACCCCUAAUGCUUAGUGUGGCAAUCCAAUUCACUCGCAUAUAGAAUUUAGAUGUUUGGUUACCAUUGUUCUAUAUUCUGUGUGUACAUUUUAAAAAUCCAGGACCGGCUGACAAUUUUAAAUAGCAGAGAAUAAUUUAUAAUAAUUUAUAGUAUAUUUGAACUUCCAUGGCAGCAUACACUGAAUUACAGAAGUUUUACAUUAUGAUUAGAUAGAUCAACCGGACUGACGUGAAGCAGGCCGAGGUAGACUUUGAGCUUACAAAUGGCGCUUGAGCAGCCGCUAUUAGUCCAUACCUCAUUAAUGAUCUGCCGAGCGAAAAAUGCAAGGAGAACUUCGACGUUUCGAGCGAAGACUUUCGUUGGAAAGUCAGUAGGGCCUUCGACGUUAGUAGGGCCUUCGACGUUAGCAGGGCCUUCGACGUUAGUAGGGCCUUCGACGUUAGUAGGGCCUUCGACGUUAGUAGGGCCUCCGACGUUAAUAGGGCCUCCGACUGAGGGCCUUAGCUAGAAACGUCGAGGUUCUCCUUGUAUUUUUCAGGUAGUUGCUUCCCUAUCAACCAAAGUUUUGAGUUGAAUAUCAACUUUGUUCUUGUGUUUGUUCAGUCUUGUUUUUAUUCUCUCUUACAUUUAUACCAGGUCGGUGAUUGCUAGUUGUCUGAAAUAGGAUUUUCAAGGUUUUGUUAAUUUGUUUGUUUUCUGAAACGUGUUGUGUUGUUUUACAGGGUGGUAAAAAGAGUGCUAGUCCUGGACCAUUUUUGGCCACGGCGUCUCGCGAUAAAACAAUCAAAUUAUGGGAUAUUAGUGGUGGAGUUUGUAUAUUAACUUUGGUAAGUUAUACACCAUGUACAAUAUGUAUCUUGUCUGUUGACAUUCUUCCUACUAACCGUCUGAAAUGGAAAACUGAGCUCAUCCACUGUUUAACCUGUUCCUGGUGAAAACCUCGCUGGUUAAGAGUACCACAACCUACACACACUGCAGCAAUGGCGGGAGUGUAGAAAACGUUGCACCGAAAACGUAUAGGAUCCCAGAAACAAAAAUAUUAUUUCCUCCUAUGGUAUAGACUGGUUAGUGUUGGGCUUUUUUCUAGGAAGGGGCAACACGUUUGGUGCGGGGGGAUGGUGUGCGAGGGGGAUGAACACAUCCCAAAAAUUCCACAUGUGCGGCACAUGAUGCGCCUAUACACAUAUACGAUUAUUUAAUUAUUUUGAUAUUCUUCAGACGGGUCACGAUAACUGGGUACGUGGCGUAUUAUUUCAUCCUGGUGGGAAAUAUAUUGUGAGUUGUUCUGAUGACAAGACGUUAAGAAUGUGGGACUUUAAAAACAGACGAUGUGCCAAGACGUUGGUCGCUCACGAACAUUUUGCAACUUGUCUAGGUAUGUUGAUAGAAUGGUUUCGAUACAAGUGAUUGUAGAUGGGUCUUGUAGAUAGAGCUAUGCGGUUGGAGCUCUAGAACUGGCCUCUGCAGCUCAGUUGGUUCGAGCGCUGCAUCGCAGGGCCGCAUGGUGACGUCUAAUAAAUGUAUAAAAUUCUCACUCGAUAUUUCGAUCGACAAAUUUCAUCUACUGUUAGUCAUAUCGAGUGUAGGUACGCAAAAUCCUUUCAUUAUAAGUGAAUAUAUUUUUUAUUUUGUGUAUUUUGGGUGAAAAACGUUCAAAACGGUAAUACCGGCGUACCAAAAGGUUAUCGAAUUAACUGAACUAACUUUCUACUGGAUUGCUUUAUCAGUUUUAAGCUGUUCUCUCUAGCGAUUUAGUAAUGAGAAUCCCUUUUCUGUCCACUGUAAGUAUAGGAAACCUAAACUGGACUAUCAGGAUCGUGAUUGCUUGUCCUUAUUGCUCCGAGUGUUUGCCACGUGUUUGCUAGAGCCAAACUUAGACGAUUUCCCUCCCAUGCCACUAUAGUAUUGUUUUUUGCCCGCAACCAAAUUCUGCCUGCCAGUCCAAAGGGGGUGGUUGGACCUGGCUAGUACGAGGCUAUGAUAGCACUUUGGCACACAAUCAUACACUGCACCAACCACUGUACUACCACUUUUUCGUUUUAGACUUCCACAAAACUGCUCCGUUCGUGGUCACCGGUAGUGUCGAUCAAUCUAUUCGGAUUUGGGAAUGUCGUUAGCGCAAUUGCAUGAACUACCACAAAGUGCUGUUGCAUUGAGGAGAGAUUUACUAUGUCGGCUGUGACAUGCCGUCCUAAAUGAGAGUCAACCAACUGUAGGAAAUGAAUGCGAGGGAAUGAGAGAACUAUAGGAACAUUAUACGAACUACCCCCCUCCCCCCUGAGAACAGAUUAAAUUAUCAAACAGUGUUUAGCGAAAUAGUAUCAAGAUACUGCGUGCUGUAAGAAUUACGCCCGUAUUCUAAAAGCUCACUCACACUCAAUGAGUGAAAGUUCAAUCUGAGCUUCUCUCGAGUAUCAUUGCUGUUUUUGAAUAGCUGGAGGGUUAGUGUCGGACCGUAGUUAGUGACCACUCACUUUUCAACUAUUUAAAAAUAGCAUUGACACUCAAGGGAAAUUCAGAUUGAACCCCGACUCAUUGAGUGUGAGUGCGACGGAGCUUUUAGAAUACAGGGGUUAGUAACGCUUGUUUACCUUCAGGACUCAAAAUGACGGGAGAUAGGUCUCCGGUCAACUUGAUUUUAGCUCGGUCAAAAUCUGUUUUUGACCGGUCAUUGAUUACACUAACAGUGAAACAAAAUAUCAUAGUUUCAUUUUUUAAUUCAAGACACAGCAAUCACAUUGGAAGGCAUGAAAAUAUGGCCGGUCAAGAUGAUCGGUAGUAAAAAAGUGACCGGUCAAGAGGCAUUUUUGGUCGGUCAAUGUCCGUUGACCGGCCGUUAUUUUGAGCCCUGUGUUUACCUUGUACUUCAAUUGACAACUUUGAAUAGCUCAUAUGCCUGGUCAAUAUUGUUCUAGUUACGAAAGCAUAAAAUAAACUGAGUAUAUAUGUAUUAGACAGCUUACAUGUCCCCUUACUAUUGUGGUUGUUUGCAAAAGCUGGAGUACAAGAAACAGUUAGAGGCAUUAGAUAACUCGCAUACCUAGUUACUCUGUUCCAGUUUGAGAAAGCAUAGAAUAGAUUUGAGUUAACUAACUAUUAGAAUUAUGCAUUCGAGGUAUUAACUCGUGCUGGAUAAUUCUAAUCCUUAGUUACAUUUUUUUAUUCUAUGCUUUCAUAAACCGGAGCAAUAGUGACAAAGCAUGCGAGUUGUCCGAAGUUGUGGAUUGAGUACAAACAAGUAUUAUUAGUUUGCCAUUUCACAUUUGCGGUACAGUAAAAUCUCGCAUAUCAGAACCAAGAUUAUUACAAGAAGCUCAGCCUGAAACUUGCUAUUUAGGCGCCCAUUUUUAACAGAACCAAUUCAGCUUUGAUUACUAGUUAUGUAAGUGUAGAGUCAUGAAAUACAACUUGAUAUUCUAAUCAAAUAUGUAAGAACCUAUUCCCCCUGACCUGGAAAAUAGUAGGUUCUUAUACACGGGAUUUUACUGUAGUACAACUAUUUUAUUAUUUAUUUUGAUUAUUUAAUUCUCCACCAGACUUUAGAUUGGACUUUUUUGUCGACUAGCUUACAUGAAGUAUAAUGCACCAUACUUCAUGUGAGGCUUGAUAAUAAAUGAGUGAUUUCAUCGUGGUGGAUUUUAUUCUCACACAUCACGCAGUAUCUUGACACACUUAACGUAUAAGCAAACUAUAUUGUAUAUCACAUUAAGUACUACAAAUCUAAUAACAUGGUGCUGGACGAUAGGAUCGACUUCAAAUAUAGGCGCUGGCUGAAUAAUAUUUUCAGUAUAUAAUAAAUAAAGUGUAUCUGUAGGUUUUCUUAUUUCUGCUUCAUUUCUGUCUCGCA